GUUUUUAUUCAAAUGACUUCAAAGUUUCAGUUCAUUUAGAAAAAAGAACAACAAAAAGCAAUAACAACAAAGUAAUUCAGAUGUAGCUAUAAAUAAUGUCCUCCUUUUGGAGUAAGCUUUUUAAGCCUACUCAAAAAAAACCAGAGUAUAAAUACCUUAAAAAAGAUUUAGAUCCAAAUAAUUUUUGGGAGCUUUGUGGUGAACUUGGUGAUGGAACCUUUGGAAAAGUUUAUAAGGCCAAACGAAAAUCUGACAAUCAGUUAGCAGCAGCAAAAAUUGUAGAUAUUAAAGAUGAAUCUGAACUGGAAGAUUUUAUGGUUGAAAUAGAUAUUCUUUCAGAAUGCAAACACAAGUAUGUUGUGGACUUAAUGGAAACCUACUUUCAUGACGGAAAAUUAUGGAUGAUGUUAGAAUUUUGCUCUGGUGGUGCAAUGGAUGACAUUAUAUUAGAUCUCGAGAGAGGUCUUAAUGAGGUUACAAUCCGAUCAAUUUGCAGACAAAUGGUGGAGGGAUUGGCAUUUUUGCAUUUAAAUGGAGUAAUACAUAGAGAUUUAAAAGCUGGCAAUGUUCUACUUACAGAAAGAGGAGAAAUAAAGCUUGCUGAUUUUGGUGUGUCUGCAUUCAAUAAGCCACCUGGUAAAAGAAACACUUUUAUAGGAACUCCUUAUUGGAUGGCACCUGAAGUUGUUAUCACAGAGACUAUGCGCGAUUCAUUCUAUGAUUGCAAGGCUGAUGUUUGGAGUCUUGGUAUAACACUGAUUGAACUUGCUGAAAUGCAGCCACCAAAUCAUUCUAUGCAUCCAAUGAGAGUAUUGUUUAAAAUAUCCAAGUCUGAUCCACCAUCACUUCAAGACAAAAGAAAAUGGUCUGCUGAUUUUCAUAACUUUGUUGCUGAUUGCUUAAACAAAGAUCCUAAUUGCCGUCCUUCUAUGGCUGAAUUACUAGAGCAUCCAUUCAUCAGAGAUACCAGAGAUGUUCAACCUUGUAUUGAUUUGUAUCGAGAGGUAAAGGCUGAAGUACUUGAAACUUUUGAAGACUUGCCUGAAGACUCUGAGAUUGAUUCCUUAACAUCUAAAUCUGUCAUGAAAAAAUCCUUAUCUAGUGAUACAAUUGAUAGUGACAGCUCUUCUAGUCUAAGAGAUUCAUCAACAACGUCACCUGGUAUACCCCCCAUGCCUAUCCGUAAAAUGAAAGAUUUAUCUGAAGUAUCUGAUAAUAAGCUUAUUUUUCAAAAAAGUUAUGAAGACAAAAAUGAGAAAAAGCUAGAACUUACAGGAUUUAAGGUGACUGAUGAUGAUUCUAUUAAGCAUAGCGAACCUGUUUUAACCAAGGAAGAGCUUAAAAAUCGAGAGCUCGAAAAGGUUAAGCAAGCUUAUGCACAGAAAUCUGUAGAAAGUGAUGGCGAUAAGUUUAUAUUUUAUGAUGAUGCAAUGGAUAAUUUUGCUGAUUCAGAUCUUUCUUUGCAAAAUGAAAACUCUUUUAAAAAAUCAAUGGAUGAUAAAAAGAUUCAAAGUGGACAGUUGUCAGCUCUGGCGAAAGAAUUAGACAUUGUUGGAGAAGAAGAUAUUCUUCCUUUGGCAAAAAAUGCAGGUAACUCAUACAAGACAUUGACACGUGUGAGGCGAUUUGAAAAGGAUGGACAGGUUGUUGAGGAAAAAGUACAGAGAAUUGUAGAUAUAUCUGGGGAAGAUUUUCGUGCUGCUGCAAAGAAAGAACAACAAUUAAGAAAACUUGCGCUGCAGGAAAUGAAAGCAAUACGCCGUGAGGAGCAAAAACAAGGUGCAGAACUAAUGGAGCGUAUUAAAAUUCAGUGGGAACAUAUUGAUGAACAAUUUCGCCAAGAAGAAGAAAGUAUACAUAGAAAAUAUGAAACAGAAAUUGAUUUGAUGUCAAGGCAACAGAAACGUGAUAUGGAAAAGUUGGAGUUAAUACAAAGCAAUGAACUAAAACAAGAAAUUAAAAAAUUAAAAUUAGAUCAGGAAAAGCAGUUAAAGAAGUUUAGAGAAAUGCUUAAAGAUGAUUAUAAACUUCUCAAAAAAGAGGCUGACAAGCUUCCAAAGUCUAACAAAAAAGAGACAUUAAAGUCCAUGAAAGAAGGAUUAGAUGUUCGUCAACAAAAUCAAGAAAGAGAGUUUUUAUCAAAACAAGCUUCAGAGUGUGAAGAAUUUCACCAAAGAAAAGUUGAUGAACAUCAUAAAAUUAUCUUUGAGACUGAGAUGAAUUUUUUAAACAAAAAGCACAACCUUAUAAAAGCAUGGAAGUCAGAUGAAUGGGAAAUGGAACAACGUCGAAUUUACCAAAAGCACCAAUUGACAAAGAGCCAACUUAAAGAAACAUUUUUUCUACAAAGAACUCAAAUGUCUAAUCGUCAUUUAAAAGAGUGCGAUCAACAUAGUCGAUUAUACAAAAUGAAAGAAGAUGAUUUAAAGCAUAGACAGGAUCUUGAGCGUAAGCGCUUGCCCAAGAUUCAACGAAAUGAGCUAAGAACCAAAUUGCAGGCUAAAAAAAAGCAACUGCGCUCUGAAAGAAAUAGAAGGGAAUCAUUGGCUAUUGUAAUUGUUGGCUUAAAUGCUGGAGAGAAAGAAAAACUAAAAGAGUUUGAAGAUGCUAUUCGAAAGCAACAUGCUGAUGAUUUAAAUCGCAUGACUAUGAGACAUUUAGCGGAAGAGUCUGAAUUAAAACAAUCUUCUGAGGAAGAACUUGGUGAACUAAAAGUUUUACAAAAUGAAAAACGUCACAUGUUAGUUCAAAGUGAAAGCGAAAAGCUCAAAGAAAGAGAUAUGAAAUAUAAUGCAGAACUUCAAGAAUGGAAAGAUAACUUAGUUCCCAAAAAAAAGAUGUUGGAGGCUGAAUUUUUACGCGAGAGAGAAGAACAAAAAGACUUUUACAUGCAAACAACAACUGCAAACAACAAAGUUUUGACAGUUUCAUCUAAAAACUUUUAGCUAAUUUUUAAUUUGUAAAAAAGUUGUUAAAUAUUCUCAUUUCAACACUUAAAGAAAAAUAUAUGCUAAAGCUGGCAUACUAUGCCCAAUUCAA